CGGCGAAAUGGGCUGGCUGCUGCACGCGAUCCUUGGCGUCGCACAUGUCGUGCUGGCGCACCGCAGCACCGUGUACUACCGCGACAGCACCGACACGCACCUCGUGGCGCGCGAUAUCAACCAAGUUAGCGUCGUCAUCGGUGACGACCCAAGCUGGACAAAGCUACUGGGCUUUACGGUGCACGAAGCCGGCGCCAGACUUUACUGGUCGGACGGCAAUGCAAUCUGGCGGGCCAACCUCGACGGCAGCGACCGCCACAUAUACGUCGGCGCCAUGGUGCAGGUGACGUGGACAGGCGCCAACUUUGGAGUUGGCCCGGACGACGUCGCACUGCGAGUGGAAGGCGUGCCGUGCGUCCGCAUCACGGCGUGGUCGCGCACCCAAGUGACCUGCGUCAUGGCGCGGCCGGUGCGGACACUCGCGUCGACAACGAGCCUCGAGCCGAGUGCUAUGACGAUGACCACGUCCGCGGGCACGACCACUGGCGUUCAGGCCAACUUCGACAGCCUCGUCUUGUCCGAGGGCCUCGCCAUGCCCCUCGUGCGCUCGAUUGCAACGCGCGUGACGCAUCUCAACCCACACACGCUGGCCAUCGACCAGUACGAUCCAAACGCCCGCUGGCUCGUCUUCUCGGACGACGCCAACGGCCGUGUCUACCGCGUUGACGUCACUUCGUACGCCAUGCACGAGCUGCUAGCGACGGUGUGGGCGGUGCAUGGCCUUGCUGUCGUGGGCAUGUCCGUAUACAUUGCCGCCGAAGCCAACGGGACCAUUUCGCGGCUCGACACGACGUCGGGCGCCGUGACGCCGAUCGUCUCGGGGCUGGCGUCGCCGCGUGGGCUCUGUCUCGACGCCGCCAACACGACGUUGUAUGUGGCCGCGAAAGGCGGCACGAUAUGGGCCGUCGCCAGCAGUGGGAUGCCAGUCUAUGGCCCGUCACGCGCGACGCCGCCGGCCGUCGCGCGGCGCCUCGUGGCCGUGAGCUCGCUCGCGCGCCUCAAUGGCAUCGCGCUAGGCCCCGAUGGGCGCCUCUACUGGAGCGAGGCCAACACCAACGUUGUCGCGCGGACGUCGCUCACGCGGCUGCGACGCGAAGUGCUUCUCGGUGGGUCGCCGCAGUCGGUGCUCAGCUGGCCCCGCCAUGUGCACGUUCUGGCCUCUGGCGCCGGCGUGUACUGUACGGAAUACGCCGGUCGCAUCGGCCUGCUGGCGCUGCCAAGCGGCACGCUCACCACCGUCGUCGACGCCGCCAUCGCGACAACUUCGAUAGGGCAACUCGACGGCGCCAUCGCAGCCCGUCCACCGUCGGCGCCGCUGCCGUUCUAUGCGCUCGAGUAACCGCUGCUGACCGACUGCCCGCCUGUCUGCCAAGAUCGCCGAAGUCUGAUAUGGCCGCCGUGUAGUUCCCAGCACCGUCCCAAUUUCCCGAAAAUUGACCAUCAUUCCAUAUUGCACCGAAAUACUGUAUGUUGGUGGUCGA